GCAGUAUUGAACACAUGCUACCAAAAAAAAGAAUGUUUAUAAGAAAUUAAGAUUUACAGUACAAUUUGUAUUGACUUUUGUACACUUAAUCAACAAAUAAUGGAAACAAUUUGUUAAAUCGAUUGUUAUUGAUGGUCGUUAAGGUCUGCGGGGUGGUAACCAUAGAGCAGGGAGCAAAAGUAGCGGCUAAUAAAAUAAAAUGACAUUCUAAUCAAAAGUUUACAAACAAUAAUAAACAACAAAUAAGGAAAAUGCAAAAGAACAAAAAUUCUACAAAAUUAUUUCAUGGUUUGACACAAAGAAUUGGUCUUUACAACAGCAAAGUGUAUAUUUUUAAAAAUAUUUAUCAGCCAAUAAUUAUUUUGCGAUAAUGGUUCAAGUAACUCAAACCGAAGAAGAAAUUAAAAUCAUCAUUGAGUUAAAUCGUUUAAUAACCCGCAAACCGGAUAUUGUGCUAUUGCCAAAAUAUCUAAAAUUUAACAAUCCACCCAUAUUCUUUGAACGACAUCUAACACAGGAAAUCGAUGAAGUGGCCAGCUUUUGUCGUAUAUUCAAAACUGAGGCACGAAUUAUACUCAUCAAAAAGGAAAAAGGCAUUUGGCCAGAAAUCUUUCAGAAAUUAAAUAAAGAAGAAUUAUUUCAAAAACGUUUGGAAUAUUCCGAUCAAAUAAUCUCAAGAAAUAAAGAACGUGAUGAAAAAGCCCUAGAACGUUACGAGCAAAAAAGACGCACGGAAAUAACACGUGAGGUAAGUCGAGAGACAGCCUUGCGUGAACGAGUUAAACAAUUCGAACAGGAAGCUUGUCGUGAGGCUAUGAUAGUACAAGCCAAAGAGACUCAUGUUAAGACAAAACCAGAACUGGUAAGAAGUUCUGCUGUUACCUCUUCACCAAGACCACCAUCAUCUGCGCUAACAUCUGCUAGGACCAGUUCUGCCAAGGUUUGUAAUCGUUUGGGUACACCUAUUGCUCGUCCUAUGGCUUCGUUGCGUAAUAGUGGUAAAAUUUGUGUGAACUUUAGUAGCUUUCAAUAUUCUACUCCAAAACGUGAAUCUCAGGAGGGUUUACCUCGUCCUUUUGUGGUAGAGAAUGUUCAACAAUCGUGCAAUACCCAAAUGGAUAAAGUAGAAUAGGGGAAUCUUCUAUGUUUUGUGUUAAAUUACUUGUUUAUUAAAUAAAUGGUAUUUUAUUAAAAAAAACUUGGUUUUC